AUGACUCAAAAUGCAAUGAGCAGGAAUAGGGGGGAGGUGGGCCGUGGUCCCGAUGGACUCCUACACUUCGGGGACACUGUCAUCAUUCACGCCCCUGUUGUGCAGCCGAGGAAAGGUUCCCCCGUGGAGUCCUUCCCUUGCACACUCCAGGCGACGCCCUCCAAGGCCGCACUCCUGAAGAACGUGUACCAUGAGGUGCCGAUCACGGCGCACCCUCAGCACCACAGGCCGAUCCUCAAGAACGUCUUCACGAUCUUGCCGCGCACCUCCGCUCACCCGAUGGGCAGCGAACUCACCUACGGCGCCCCCUUCAACCUGGUCCACGUAACCCCCAGCAGACAGCGACUCUACGUGACUUCCCCGGUGGGUUCGGCGCUCCACUCCGGCCGGGAGAGUCGCCGGCAGGAGGUUCUGCUGCAGGACGAGGAGAGCGCUCACUCCGCCUGGCGUCUGCAGCCCAGCGACCCCGCCCUCAGGCUCACCUACGAGGGGCAGCCGGUCGAGGUCGGAGCUCGUGUGCGGAUCUUGCAGACGAUGACGAACCAGCCGCUGGUUGUGGAGGAGGAGUUUUCCACGAAGACAAUCUAUGGCCAGGAACAGCAAGUGAGCGUGGGCGUGGUGAAUCGAGCGACCACACGAGCCGCCCACGUCCUCUGCCUCCUCACCUGGACGCGGAGGACGCCCACGCAGGAGGAAAUGGAGCAAGAACGAGACAGGAAGCAACGAGAAGAGGAGGACGUGAUGCAGGAAGAGAGGGAGAGGCAAAGGAGGGAACUGGAAGAGGAGGAAGAGAGGAGGAGAGAAGCGGAGAGAGAACUGGAGGAAAAGACGCAAGGGAUGAGGCUGGUGUUGGAUAAGGAUGAGUCGGAGGAUGAGGGCGAGAGGGUGGGCAUUAAUGAAGACAAUGAAAAUAAUGAUACUCCUGAUUGCUUUGAUCUGCAUCAUGAUCAUGUUAGAUCUCCAGUGAAUGAAAUGGGAAAAUCCACUUAA